AGGAGCCAUAAUUCCGUCGUCCUCGCGCCGUGCCUUGUACGUCCAUUCGCGAUACUCACGGGAACACCGUCUCCCGUGCCCUUCGUCAAUCUACACGAAUCUACUUUGCGAGAUACUCGCUUAAGCUCCGUGGCAAGCGGGGAGCUAUCGCUAGAUACUUGUCGCUCGCAUGAUGCCAUCUAAAGGAGCUUAUCCGGACAGGGAGAGAGAAAGGAACGCGCGGGGUGGGAGGCACAAUGGGACGGCGGGUUGGAAAAGAACAGCGAUAGCCGGUGAUAAGAUAGAGCGAGCCGUAGGAGGGGAUCUCGAGAGGGGCAGGUGGCGGAGGAACAAGAAGAGGGAAGCGAGGCGAAGACUGUUUAGCGGGGGAUGAAAGGAGAGGCCGAAGAAAGGACGAGAUAUAGCCUGGAAAGGAAGCCCGGGAAGGGGUUGGAAAUUGGAAGGGAAGAGCGGCGGCGGCGGGAGGGGGAGAAGGCGUCGGUGCAUGCGCAAGAAUUUCACACGUGAGCCCGCGAAUCCGCGAGGAGGCUCGCCUCGGCCGGCAGACGUCCUGGCGGUUCAGUGUCGUGCGCGAUUUCGUCCGCAGCGCUCGGCCGGUUCUGGCCGUGACGGAGUGUCGUCGUGCCGGGCCCGGGCAACGGCCGAUCGUCUCGAUCUCCGAUCCGUCGCGCGUCCGUCGGAGUCGCCGCGAAGCGAUUCGCGAGACACCGGCGCGGUAGCGGAGCGUUCUCGCGACUUACUCGCGAAACAUGCCCGUCGAAACGUCGAGUUCCGCAACGUUCGGCCGCGCGGCCCGUGAACUCGCGACGAACGCAUCCGUCCCGCGGAAAGAUAGUUAUUAACCAGGAUGACGAAGCCCUCGGAGGACUAUCCGAGCAGCACGAUGAAAUAUCUGACCAGCGGUCUGCCGUGAGCGAACGAGAGACGGGCACAAAGAUAAAAGGAGGGACGCGAACGGAGGAAAGAAAGAACCUGCGGAAUGGAGAUAAAAUUUCCGCGAGCGCCGAGCAGGAGCGAGGGGCAUUGAUGUAACGCGUCCGUGUAAUUAAAAUCGGUGAGCGAGCCGCGAGGCUCGCGGCGGCGAAAGUAAAUUUUCUGACAGAUUAAACCGAAUCCGCGGCGCGCGGGUAAUUUCACCCUGUAGCAGCCGAGGCGAGCAGUGUGCCGCUCGUGAUUCCGGUCCGGGGCGGCUCGAACUUUUCCGCGCGGUCACCCCCGGCGGCGGCCGGAACCGCUCGGCCGGAAGCUUCGCCGGGCGGACCCGAAAAAUCGAGGGAAAAAAGAACGCGCGGCCGGAAUGCGAGAGCCGGACGCGCGAGGGAUCCGUGACGCGCGGUUUUAAAUCGAUUAAAGAGCCAGCCGGGCUACCGAUAGCAUCGCUGGCUAAUAUCCCUGCCAUUAUCUUCAUCGCCGCGAUUACCGCCGCGCGGAAUCGUCCGCGGACCUCGCUGACCGGAGGAUCGCGGCGCGUCCGCCGGCCGCCGGCGCGCCCGCUUCACGUGUGUGCACGCGGCGGAAUCCCCCGCGUAAUGACCCGUAAUUGCGCCGGAGGAGGAGCGAACGUCGUACUGGAACGAUUUAAGGAACAGGCCGCCGCACCAGCCGCCUCCGGCUGGCAUGACGAUUAGGUGCACGCGACUUCAGGGAUUACCCGGUUGAAGUGCGGCUGGCCGGGAUAAGGGAUCACGGUGGACGUAUCUGAAUAGUAAGUGGAGUCUUGGGAAAAACAAGUCGCAUCCACUGGUGUCCAGUAGAUCGUAUACUCCGAGGGUUGCCUUGAUCAGCGUUAGGCAUCGAGGAGGAUUCGAAGAUUUAAUUAAGAGGACAACAUGGACACGUCGCCUACGCUGAGCAUCGGCGGCUCCAGGGCCAGGGCGGCUUUGCUGACCACUACCGGCACCGGAAGCGGAAGCACCGACAGGCGAGUCGUGUUUUUAGCGAGCCAACCGGCCGUUGGUAGUACCCACGAGACCAAGACCUGGCCGCAUCACUGGUCGCCGCACACGACCGGGAACAGUUACAAAUCGCCCGAGGAGUCGCCGCAUUCGGAGAACACCAGGCUGAGGAUGACCAGAGGCCAAGGAGGUUGGUCCGACGAGCCGUGCACCUCGGCCGGUGCCCGAAAUAUCGUGCGACAGUCAGCGGGACCGUCCUCCAGGACGACACCCCCAAUCCUCGAAGACCGGACAUCCGGCUCCGCGACCUGCAAAGGUGGAUUCAGGUUAGGCGUCUACGGCUGGCGGAAAAGGUGUCUGUACUCGUUAGUGUUGACUCUGAUGAUCAUCGUGAUCCUAAACCUGGCUCUCACCGUCUGGCUACUCAAAGUCAUGGGAUUCAGUUCCGAGGGAAUCGGCUCCCUGAAGGUGGUGCCCGGAGGGAUCGAGCUCAGAGGUCAGGCAGCCAUUCUAGACGCCCUCGUGGCCUCCAGCCUGCGAUCCAGGCGCGGAAAGAAUCUGAUCCUGGAGUCGUGGAGCAACUUCACCGCCUCGGCCAGGUCACACGACGGCAGACUGCUCGCGCGAUUGACAGUCGGCAGCAACGCAAAUAAGCUCGGCUGGAGACUCGAAUCUGCGACCAGGUCCCUAAAGAUCAGCGCUCCUCAGCGCGUGGUCAUCGAAUCCUGGGCAAACGAGAUCUCGGCCUCGUGUCUGACCGACCUGAAGCUGCAGAGCGUGCACGGCGCGAUCAGGCUGGACGCGAAGACGGUGUUCAUGAAGGGCCUGAAGACGGCCAGCCCCGGCCAGGGCCACCCGUCGCGGGAGCAGCAGCAACAGCAGCAACAGCAGCAACAGCAGCAGCAGCACUCGUCGAGGACGUCUUCCCACCAGAGUCAGAGGGAGACGACGAUCUAUCAGUUGUGUGCCUGUGCUAACGGGAAACUGUUUCUAGCCAGGUCCGAGGGCAGCUGUCUGGCGGACAAAUCGAUUUGCUAAUACCCCGUGACCCGAAUUAGACGCGAGUUAAUCGAGAACUGAAUGGUAUCCCGCGGUCCCGUGCAAUCCUACCGCGUGGUCCGCGGAUUGCGGGGCGCGCGUCCGCCGGGUCGCGUGAAACUGUCGUAGAAAUCCGAGCAGGUCGCGCGGUGUACAGUAGCUCGAAGCCCCGAGAUCGCCCGAGGCCUUCCGCUUUUCGCUGGUGUUUCCGUUUUAGAGCGGCGCGGUGCUGUCCUUUUCGUGCUCCUUCGGACCCGCCGGACCCGCACGCGCGUCCGGCUGGCGCCUCGUCGAAGGACACUCCAGACUCUGAACGAGGAGUAGGUUUCCUACGCGAGUCCCUUGUACUCUAGGAAGCUCGCGAGCUGGCGUCUGAAAGGGCAGGCGAUGGAGAACACGUUGCAUAUGGUGUAUUUCAUGGAUUUACUGUGGAAAGAUUGAUCAUUGGGUUCUUGAACGAGGUUUAUGAGUUUAGAUUGGGACUUGAAUGAUUUCAUUUUAUUUUGUGUUAUGAGAGUAGAAGAUUUUGUAAGAUUUUGUGAAGAGUUGUUCAUUUUAUUUCUAAUGGUAAUUGUGAGAAUUAUUAGUUGCUGCGAGAUGUUAGUUAUCCAGUAGAUCUGCGAGAAUUUGUUACCUAUGGAACGUUGUUUCUUUUCAAGGUUUAAUUAAGUGGCGGUUGGUAAAGCGUCGAGGAGAAAUAUCGCCUGGAUAUUCUUCGAACGCAACAACGGUUGUUCCGAGGAAAUGAAAUAGUAGUCAUUACGAUAAUAGUCGAUCGCAUUUCUCAUGUCUGCAUGUACAAGCAAGGGUUCCUUGGUUGCUCCUGAAAUCAGUUCGAUCCAAUCGUUAAUCCACUUUCAUAUACGAACGAGCGAAGGUAUAUGCGAACUUCUGGAACUUAGAAUUCUUAUACUGUCAACGCGGCUGUCGCCAGAAGCAGCAGAAACGCUUUCAAGACACCACUCAAUUGAUCGUUCCGAUGAAUCACCCAACAGAAAUACGCAGAAAAUAUUAAAAAUCAUUUGCUUGAUUCGUGCUUGAUGCAGAGUUCAAACAAUCGAUAUCUUUCCUAAACUAAUCAAUCCGUGACUAAACGCAACUAAUGAACGAUACGCAAAUUGCUAAAAUCUUACCUCGAACAUUCAUUUCCAGCUUUGGCUAGCAUGAAAGGAGCUUCUGUAAUAGAAGCGCGGUGACAAAUAGACACUCGUCUUGUCUACAACGAAGCAGCCUCCUAAGUUUCGUCAAACCGGAGACUGUCGAUCGAUUGAUACCCUCAGUUAGUAGUUUUGACGGUGCAAAAGUACGCGUAGAGGUUUCGAUAUUGGCCAGUAUGACGUCCAUUUCAGUCGCCAUCUUCCGAGCUGCCAAUCGUGUGUGUACGUAGCAUUGUCGGCGGCGCUACUCCGUGAUGUAUAUCUUGUAUAUCAAUAAAACUGUCCGAUCACCGGUAGGCAACGACUGAUCAUUGAAUCGUCACCUCCUGUCUAUCCUCGCCCGUAAGCUAUAGUCGUCCAUCUCUCUCCCCUCGGUGCCCCCCUGCCCCCCCUCCUAACCAUGCCUUCUGGUUUUUUUGCGCAAACGUUCGCGUGGCCAGUCGAUAGGCAACGAUAUGCAGUUCCUUUGAGCCCGGAAUGUGAACGUUCGUGUAGCGAACGGGAAUGAAAGCGUGUGCACGCGUCCAUGUAAUUUCUUGCGGUCUGGAGACACUCCUUAAGUGGAAAUCGUUGGCUUGUCGAGGUCGCUACCGAUCUGUUCGAUGACUUUGAUUUUUACAAUAAGUGAAAAAAUAUUUCAUUGUUCAUCCGUGCUCUGUUUUUACAGUCUAUAAGUAUACGUUUGAACGUUUUCUUCUUAUUUUCAGUUGAUACGAUAUAAUAAUUAUAGACGCGCGUAAUGACCUCGACAAGCUAUAUUAUGUUUCCCUGUCGGAAUUUCCAGCGACGAUGUCUGUUCGCCCGCUUCCGGAGCGCCGAUUGAGGAAGCGUGAUGGUUUAGAAAAGGUUUAUUUUGGAGCGUGUGUUACGGUAACGGGAGAAGCGUGUGUAGUUAUUGUAAAGGAUCAGGUUGUGAUCCAGCUUGUA